UGCGGCCACUGCAGGCACGGGCUCCCUCUGCCCGUGCUCCUGAGUGGAAGGCAGAGAGGAGGGAGUGCCGUGGAGGGCACCGAUCAACUGGGUGCACCCACUGCCACUCCGGCCUGAAAGAGAAAUGGAAUUACUCUCCAUGAAGAUCCUCCGAGAGGGAAGAACAUGGACAUCCCUGGAGAAGACAAGAAAUCCCUGGAGGCAUCCGAACUGCUGGACCAGAUGCUGAGUGAUCUGGAGAGACGGCGUGGAAUGAACCGAAAGAUGGUGGCACAUCCCACAGGAAACAAUGGCUCUGUGCAAGCCCCUGCUGCAGGAAAGGAGGAGCUGCCAGCCACGGGCACAGGCCCAGGAGAUGUGCUUGGCAAGUCAGACAAAAAUGCCCAGGAAACACUGAGCAGCCCGAGAGUUUUCUGCCCCCAGGAUGUGCGCAAGUCCUGCAUGGUUGGCACAGUGGUGACACUGAUCACUGUGCCACUUUCCAUGGUCCUGUGCUAUGUUGGGUUCCGGUGGUGGAAGGGCAAAAAACAUCGCCCUGCUCCAGCUCCAGCGUCCCAGCCAGGAAGGCCCAACUCUCCCUCGCGUCCAGGGAGCCCAAGGACAGCCCAUUUUGACAGCUCUCAGACAUGGCCUCAGCAGCAGCCGCAGUCAUCCAGAAAAGCAGAGCGCCAGCACUCUCUGCCUCCCCCACUCCCCCCCAGCCCAGCUGUGAAGCAGAAGCCCUCCGAGAUCCCCCCACCUCCUCCCCUCCCGAGCCAGCCGCCCUGGUCCUCCAGCUAGGACUGAAACUGGACCAGCCAGAACAGGGCUUGGGUCACCAACAGCUUGGGGCAUCUGCUCUUCUCUACAAAUACUAUGUGUUACCUGUGGGUACCAGCCAGAGUAAGUUUUCAUACUGUUGUACCUACAACAGGAAGGGCUGAAGACUCUUUCCAUGCCUUGUCUCAUCCUUUGCUGCUUUGAUUUUCAUGCAGCUGAGUGCUGGCUAAAUCUCAUCAAAGAACUUUUUUUGCAAUAGCAUUGCAUGUUUUACCCCACCUGUAA